AAUCGCGACCGCAUAGUCGCAUCGUGGCAUUUCGCAAGCUGCAUCGUGCUGCAUACCGUCGUAUCCUCGUCACACCGUCGCUAUGCAUCGGUGAUGCAGGCUCGUUGACAGACGCGCUAAGCUGUCUGAGCUUGAAGAAGAAACGACUUGAAACAUACGACAGAAUCAGCUCGUACUAAUCGGACUCUACUCGAUGUUUGAGAAAAUCUCGACAUGACACACAGCUAAACAAAGUGUAAGAAGAUCCUGCCGCUGAAAGCAUGUGGACGAAUCACUUGAUAGUGGCGGCAAUUGUACUCGCGGUUGCCAACGUCUGUCAUGCGGAGUGCCGUGAGAGUUUGAUUGAAUGUUAUAAUUGCAAUUCAUGGACGGAUCACAGAUGCAGUGAUCCAUUCAACUAUACGGCACUACCCACGGAUCAGCCACCGGUGAUGAAAUGUGAUGGAUACUGCGUAAAACUGGUCAGCAAGUUUAAACAACCAGACGAGAACGUGAGGAGAACCUGCAUCUCGGAACUACAAAUAGACUUAUUCAUGGUGGGUCACGUGUGUAUGAUGGAAAGUAGCCACACUGGUCACAUGUGCUUCUGUGAGAAGGAUAAAUGCAAUCGUGUACCCCCGACCUCGCGUUCCAAUUCCGUACUCCUGCUGAUUCUGUCGACCGUUCUUAUUCUGCUUUAAUUCUAUAGUUUUAACAGCCUCCCCUCGUUUUGUAGAACGUUACACAUUGUAUAAUACCAAUUAAUUUGAUCGCAAUAGUGCCUAAUCAUGUCCUUCAUAAGAAUUCUAGCGAAUCAACAACACAACCAUUAAUUGGAACAAAUGAUCGAGUUGGCUUCGAUGUUCAAAACUAGAAUCUUCAGAAUAUAAAAAAAAAAUCGAAAACAUGUAGAGCAAUAAAAAUCUUAUGUAUCAUUAUUUUUCUAUCUUUUAAGCGUAUGUUAUCCAUUGAAUCAAAUAUAAAUCAAAUAUAUUAUAUUAUUUGUGAUAUAAAAAUUUUAUCAAAAUAGCAUGUCUUAGUUUUUCUCGGAAGACAAGCCAAAAUACCGCAAUGAAAUUAUACUUUUAAAUACAAACCAAAAGAAAAAGCUAAAAGGAGUUAUUUGAAUCAAUAAUAAAUGUUAUUGUAAAUUUAGCUUGAAAUUUGCAAUAGAUUAGAUGAUUAUAAUUCAACUAUGCAAUUAAUAACAAAUUAAAUCUUCUCGUUUUCUAUAACGAGAUUUGUCCGAUUCGAUUGUUCGUUCUGAUCACUGGUGCAAGCACGAUUGAACGCACAUGUCCUCACAGAGGUGCUCUCGAAUCGGAGUGUCUUGCCAAGCAAGCUUUGGUGCUUGCUUGACCGUUGGCAAGCAAACCGAUUCUGGAGUCUGGCAAGUAAUGUGACUCGUGUCGCGUAUUUGUUCAUUGUCGCACGCGCGGCUGCGAGGCUACCUAGUCACAUUUUUAUCGCGAUAUAGGCUGUUCUAGGGCUUCCACCUGUUUCUAUGUUUCUUUAUUUUUUUCAUUGUUUUAUGCAGCAUCAUUCAAUGUCUUUUGAUGUAACGCGUAUUAUUCUUGAGUCAAAUAUAAACGCUCGUCGUGUAAUCGAAGAAAAUGCUCAAGUUAAAAUGCAAAUUAUUUGACUUUGCUUGAAAUAUUUCACGAUCUUAUAGAGUAUACAUAACUAUAUUCUUAGAAAAAUAGUUUUCUUUUUUCAAAUAAAAUAAAACAAAAAUUAAAUACUAUUUAAACAAAAUUAAAUUUAGACAAAACCUCACAUUUUACCAUUAUUGAUAUAUGUGUCGUGUCCAUAAUUGCAAUACAUAUUCGGUGACGAGAAUUUGUCUCUCGUAGUAAAACUAUGUCCUUAUAUGUGUUACUAGUAGAUUAAAAAUUGUAAGAUAUAAAUAGUACCUAUAUUAUCUAUAAAGAACAAAUUGUUAAUAUUUAAUCAGAGUAAUAAGUAUAAGCCUUAAUGAUUUCUUGUCAUUUUUCUAAAUACUAAAAUAUUUCUUCUCUAAUUAAAAAAUAUUAAACUUAAAAAAUAUUGUAACCAAUUGGAAUUAAUUAUUUUUUAUUAGCAAUGUUGUGUCACGUUCAUUAUUAUAAAUUUGUCAAAACUAUGUGAUUGCUAAGAAUUAGAAAAUUAGUAAGUCGAGCAUGUUUUCUCGUUUCAUAUCUGAGUCGCAACGGAAAUAUACGAAUAUGGAUAUUGUUUACUGAUAAUAAUUGGUAAUAAAUUUGGCCUCGCAGCUGAAAAGUAUCCACGUAUAGCUAUUAAAUGAAUCUAUCUGUGAUAUGGAUUAUUUAACAUAAGAAGUUAUAGGAAAACAUCGACGCAAAGACAAAGGUAGAUAAAAAAAAAUAAUUUUAAUAGAUAAGAAUAAUUUAUAGAUAGGAUUAAUUUAUAAAUAAAAUUAAUUUAUAGAUAAAAACAAAUAAAUUAUUUUAAUCUUUUAACAUCUGGAAAUUGUGUAUACGUUUAAUUUUCAAUUUAAUUUUUUUUUUUUUUUCAAAAAUUGUAAUUGUAUAACAAUAAAAUUUAAAAAAAUUGCUUAUUUUAAUAACUUAAUCAGUAAAUAAAGUGACAUUAUAGUUAAAGAAUAACACUAUUAAAAGUUAAUUAUUAAAAUACGUAUUUCCUAUUAUAAUGCAUUCCUAUACAAUACAUGUGUGAUACAUUAUGUAAUUAUUACAUUUAUAAAAAAUGUAAAAAAAAAUGUAAUUUUUGUUUUAUUGUUAUGUACUGAAAAAGAGAAUUAUUAUGACAUGUUAAUAUUAUUUAGAAAUUUAAGCGUAAAUGGCAAUGAAUGUCAAAUAAACGUUUGUUAUCAUCUGCGUCGAUAAAAUGUAAAUGACGACAAACAUGUUCCUAAAUCGUUAAUAAUUAAUAUAUUUUGCCAUAUCAAAAGAUAUUAAUUUAUUUCUGCAAAUUUUUAUCAAAAUUGUUGACUUAAAUUUUAUUAUUUAAAUUUAUCUUGAUUUGUAUGAGAUAAGAGAAGAGAGAUUUUUACGUAUUUAUUAUAAAAGGAAUAAUUAAUUCGCUUGCUUUAAUUAUUACAGCACAUUGUGUCGCAAACUUGAUAAUAGAUUUUUAGAUGAAGGAGGAAAAA